UUGAUUGUAUUACUUUUGUGUUUCCAAGUAUCUGUUUUUUGUUUUGUUUUGUUUUUUAAAAAGAGUUUUCUAUGGGUUGAAAUUUUUUCAAAGUGGUUUUUAAAGAUUUCUUUGAUACACAAUCUCGUUUUAAAAAUAUGAAUAAUAUAAAGUGGUCUUGUUAUCUCGGCUUCCAGGAUAUGCAUUUUAUAUAGCAAAACAUUCAAAAGGAAAUAAAAUUGCCACUAGAUUUUAAAAAAUAAUAAUUUCAUCCAAGAUGAUGAAUCAAUACUGUGUCUGGGUGGGAUCCAGUCUUCCAGAACAAGGUCAGUUUUAACAGUAGCAUUGUUCUGCCUAUUAUGACAUCAGGAGUGGUGUCACAGCUGGAUUUUUUUUUCCUUCCCUGAGUUUUCUUAAUAGGUCAGUACCCAGCUUGCCAUGUCCGGUUGGGCACCCUUGUGGGCUUUGUUUCUGGGUCUGUUCUUAACCAUCAUUGAAGGUAGCCAUUAUGAAGGCCACUCACUGGGCCAGCCCUGUCUCCCUGGCCAUCCUUGCGUGUUAGCAUUUAUCUCUGAAAACCCCGUGAUGCUACGUUGUCCACGCUCUUCAUACAAAGGCCAUAUCACUUGGCAAUACCUUGACCCAUCUUGGACCGAUGAGCAGCCUCUCACCUUCUUGCGCUCAGGCGGGACUUCUUGGCCCUUGUUUAGCCACGCCAAGCUGCAGAGACUACGUUUCAAAUCCCGACUGAUCGCCAGCAGCCUGUAUAUCCCAAGACCCAGUACAGAAGAUUCUGGCCUAUACACCUGCCGUGCAGGAGAUGCCACCCUCGGCUAUUAUGACGUUGAUUUUCAGGAUGCCAGGCGUCUCCAUGUUUCACAUGCAAGCCUAGGAGAAGCCACUUUGAGCAAUGUUACGGUGCAGCUAGUAAAUGGAACGCAGGCCACCCUGUUCACCUCCUGGAGCCCUUGGCAGUCUUGCGACCGCUGUGGUCAUCCUGGGGAACGGAAACAAGUGGGGUUUUGUUAUGCCCAGAUGACCACGGUGGACUCUGAGGAGGAGGAAAGACCAUUGCCUUGUGGGAUAGCCAGGCAGAAGUAUUUGAUGUUGCCACAACGGGAACCAGAAUUGAGGAUAGAAGCCUGCCAAAUGCCCUGUGACAUAUACUUGACCGGCCAAGAGGAGGCAUACUGGGUACCAUUCUUGGUCUUUACCAGCUACCACCCCCAGCAAAAAGCCAUCGCUCACCUUCGCUGCCCAGCGUCUUCCAUCUACAGCCCUGUCUACUGGCAGGUAGGUCUCACAACAUUGACACACCUUCAACUUCAGAACUUCAACUUCUCCAGAAGUUCCCAAAGCCUGGACAAAGCCACUGGUGGUGGGAUCCUACACCUCUCCUUCCAGAACGAUUCACACAGCACUUUGUACCAGUGUUUCGUGAAUGGACAUUUAGCGGGCAAGUUUUUAGUCACCUCUCCUGGUGCGGUGAGCCCACCAGGGGAGCUGGCUCACACUUACUCCAUCAUUGAGGCAUUGGUGGUGGGCCUCUCCAUAUUCCUUGUGUUCCUGAUGUUUCUCAGCAUAAUCGAGUCCUGCAGGAAGAAACCAGAAACUACUGUGGUCUAGAUGAUGGUGUAUGAACUUUGGUGGACACCUUAGGAAAAGAAGGUGUGGAUUGCUGAUUAAUAAACAUAUUGACUGACUACAGUAUACAUUCAGAUACAGCCUGGACUUUAAUAAAAGGAAGGGUUAAGGUCAGUGGAGCUGGAUAUAAUGCUUCUCUAAGCAGCAUCACACAGAGAAGGCAGUGCACAAUUUCCAUCACCUAGAGCAGGGGUAGGCAAGCUUGGCUCUUUUAUGACUCAUGGACUUCAACUCCCAGAAUUCCUGAGCCAGCAUACUUG